GUCUUCAACAAUCAGAUUGCACUUGAUCCCAACGCUAUAGCACCUUCCAAAGCUGCUAGACGAUCCAUAGAUUUUUAGAAUGGCUUCGACCACGGUUGACUUGAAAAUUUGCCGCAUCGUCAUUAUGUAGAAAUAGAACUGGUCAACUAUCCCAACGCGAUAAUGCCGUCAAAAGCUGCUGCAGCAUCAAGAAGACCGUCUGCAGGCCGUGAUGGUGGUUGUAGGAUGCUGUUACAUCGAGAUCUCGUAUUCUCGGCGUGGUAGCGGACGAAGGAUCGCAAGCGCCACCGCCGUGAUACGACAUGGAUGUGCUACUGUACGUACCUGCAUAAGUGCUAAAACGGCCCUCAAGCGAGCCCGAGGGCGGAGAAAGGGUCAACGAACGUAUUCACCUUUACGAGUGAGAUACAGCUAGUAUUAGGCUGCAGUAGCAGAUACUGUCGCUGGCAAGCAUUCACC